GUAGAAUUUUGUCUGUGGUCGCAGGCUCUCAGGAUUUUCAGCUUUUAGUGGAGAUUUAUUUUUUCAUUGCUGAUUUUAAUUAAGUGAAAUGAUAGACUGGAUUUGAAACAUCUCAAUAUGGGCAGGCCCUACUCUGGUAUGAUUGGACAAUGGAUAGCAUGAAACAGUUGCGAUAUACACAAUGAGUGCCCCAAGUGGGUGUGUCAACUGCAGUGAUGGCUCGGAGAAGUCUGACCUGAAGCAUGAGGCAGAGGGCUCAGAGGGAGAAGAUGCUCAAAUUAGACUGGCGCCUCAUGUCCAGGCAUACCUCGCACACAAUAGCCCUACAACCAACUGCUGCGGGCUCACCAUCCCCAUUGCCUUUGAAAGGGCCGCCCCGGGUACAUGGUGGAAUCCCAGAUUUGAUUCCAAAAUACUUGAAGGCCAAUAUAGACAUAGUUCCUUUAGACAAAUAAGAUUAAGAUUCAGAUUUGCACUUUUAUACAUUUUGAUAUUUUCUAUAUCAUGGUUUGUCUACUUUGUGGUCCUGGGUUUGAAUGGCAUGACAGUGAAGUGGCCAUUUCUGUGUUCUAUAUUUGCUGGAGUCCUGUUGAUAACAUCUGUCAUGUUGUAUGUCACAUUCACUAAUGUAUACAAGGGGUAUACAUUCAAGAUAUCCUUGGUUAUGGCCCUGGCGCUGUGCACUCUAAGCCUGUCACUUGUGACGCUCACCACACAGGUGCAGACGCAUGGGCUGCCUCCCCGCGCAGCUGACAUCAGCCAAUCAGGGCAUUUCAUCAUGUGCAUUGAAAUCCUGUUAAUUAUAUACACACUUACACCUCUACCACUUUUUGCCUGUGUUAUCACUGGAAUUUUAUAUUCAAUUGUUUUUGAAGUGUUGAACAUUGUGUUGCACCUGACUGAACAGGAAUGGCAAGGUCCCGGGCUAUUUGUGAGGGUCCUGCUGCAGCUGUGUGUGCACAUUAUCGGUAUACAUAUAUAUUUAAUGACAUUUGUCAGAAUGCGCGGCACGUUUAUGAAAGUAGGCCAGAGCUUGUUGGUGCGGAGGCAGCUAGAAAUGGAGAAGCAGUUGAAAGAGAAAAUGAUACAUUCAGUGAUGCCUCCAAAGCUCGCGAGCUGCCUGAUGGAGGAGCAAGUUUUAGAAUCUGAGCCUAAUCUGAAAAAUCACCAUGAUCCACUCAAUGCGAGGCCUUCUAAUCCCGCGGCGGGAGAUAUUAAGUCACUGUUCCGACCAUUUAACAUGAGUUGUAUGGACAAUGUCAGUAUUUUAUUUGCUGAUAUUGUCGGUUUUACGAGAAUGUCCAGUAAUAAAGGUGCUGAAGAGUUAGUAAAUAUACUGAAUGAUUUGUUUGAGAAGUUUGAUGAGCUGUGUCAGAUACACGGCUGCGAGAAGAUCUCGACGCUAGGGGACUGUUAUUAUUGCGUGUCGGGCUGCCCGGAGCCGCGCCCGGACCACGCCACGUGCUGCGUGGAGAUGGGGUUAGGUAUGAUAGACGCUAUCCAAGAAUUCGACAGAGAGCGCGGGGAGGGCAUCAACAUGAGAGUGGGCGUGCACACAGGCACGGUUCUGUGCGGGAUCGUGGGAACCCGCCGGUUCAAGUUCGACGUGUGGAGCAACGACGUCUCCUUCGCCAACAAGAUGGAGUCCACCGGCAAGCCCGGACGAGUACAUGUCUCUGAAGAGACCACCAGGUUUCUCGGAGGCUCGUAUGUUCUCGAAGAAGGCGAGGAAGUAUUUGGUCAUAAAACAUACUUCAUAGAGGGCCGUCAGCUGAGCUCUCCGUACGACCACGAGCAGUGCCUCACGCCCUCCAAUCCCGUCAACUUGCGCCUCAUUAUAUCCCCCGCAGCGUCCCCUCAAUCCGUCCUUUCUUUCAUGCAACCCCCGCGCUCCCCCCAGUCACCGCAAGGCUUCAAUGAGGCUCGGAAAUCGGACAACUUUCUGUCGCCAGCUCCCUUCCAUUUCCGUGCUAAGGCUAGUUCGCUGCCCAGUAUAUUGGACUCCGACGAAAUGGAUGAAAAUAGGGAGAAAGGGUUUCCGGAGAGAACCGACAGCUCAUCUAAAAGUCCUACGUCUGUAGGAAGUUACGGCAAGUACGCGAGUAAGUUGAAGAAUUGGAAGGUGUCGAAAUUCUUAAGGAAACAUUCCGAUACCCCAUUGCACUCAAUAAAGAAACAAGAAUUCAAUGAUGGCGACAAAACACUUCAAUUACUAUCGUGCGGCGACGCGCCGUCGAGCAACGGUUACCAGCAAGUGCCUAUAGUGAUAGAGACUCAGGACACUAAGGCCAGGCCGACCAGCAGCAAGCUCAUCACACCGGUGAACCCCGACAUGGUGUCGUUUGAGAAGGAGAUCAUCGAUAUUCGGUCGUACCUGAGCCAGUCAAGGAGUAACAUGUCGCCUUUCGCGAGAAGUAGCAGCUAUAGGUCGCAGUACGGAAGGCCUACUAAUAUUGACAUCCCCGUAUGCCGCGCGCGCAGCUCGACGCUGGCCACGCAAGGGGAGCUGCGCGCGUGCGUGCGCAAGCGGCAGGAGGACUCCGUCAGUCUCUGCCCGUCCGUCAACAGCCGCAAGGACAGCGGCAUACGGAGCACCAGCCGCCGCUCGAGCAUACAGCAGCAGAUAUUUGCCCUGAACCACACGGCGAUAGCGGUGUCGCAGCACGACAUGAUGCAGCACCGCGUGUCGGGCUACUACACGUCCUCGCAGUCCUCGCUCAACGAACCCCCCGGCCGCGCGCGCCUGCCGGCCCCCCUCAACGACCAGCAGGUGCAGUCCUUGCAGAAGCUGCGCAAGCAGUCCGACCUGCAGCUCAUCCGCUGCGUCCAGGACAACGCCAGGUCGGGCAUCAACUACUUCGUCCAACCACCCCUCAACAGGUUCACUCUCUUCUUCAAAGCGCCAGAGAUAGAGGCGCAAUAUCGCGACAAAGCCCACCGGAGCGACGACUGCGAGGAUUUCCCGCCGACUCUGACCACUUCGAGAUUUAACACCGCUUUAGAUAUUCUUGUUUCUGCUAUAAUCUUCCUAGCCGUUUCCGUUUCGAUAUUUGUUUUGUAUCACGCGUGGAGACAGUGGAUCGGAUGGUUCGCGCUCUUCACCUUCAUAGAGGCUAUAACGAUAUCCUGCUGCGUCUACCGACACUACUUGAAAUGGAAGACGAAAGGAAACCCUCCCGUCACGGACACCAUCCGGCGGUCCGUGAAGAUAUUUAGGAAAUUAACGGAUUGGUUUCCGUGGCAUUUAUCGGGCGGGCUGCUCAUCAGCCUGCCGAUUCUGGCAAUUUUAAUAAAUUUCUCCUGUAACUACACGACGAUGCCCAUUCUGAAGGGCGAGCAGUCCUUUUACGUGUAUCUCUUGUGCAUUAGCAUAGUCCACUUCUGUAAUUUCACCCAAAUGAACUGGCUGGUGAAGAACACAUUGGUGACUGUAUAUGCUGGUCUCUUCCUGUUCCUCGCCGUGCUCGGAUGUCACGAAGUUAAUACUCAAUAUUUAGACGCUGAUAUUAUGCGGCCUUCAAUACUAGCCGCUACUCAUAAUACCUCAUCAAACGCAACCGAUGACUACUCUGACGACUGGUUAGAGAACAACAGUACCGAGACAGGAGAAAGCAUGCUGCACAAGAUGCAUCUAACGGAGCUUUAUUUAGACAUAGUUUUGCUGCUGAUGCUGGUAUGGUUUCUCAAUAGAGAGUUCGAGAUCAGCUACCGGCUCAGUUUCUACAGCAACGUUGUAGCCAACCGGGACAAGCAGAGGGUUCAGAACAUGCGGAACCAAGCGGACUGGCUCCUCCACAACAUCAUCCCGCGCCACGUCGCCGACCAGCUCAAGAACACCGCCAAGUAUUCUGAAAACCACAAGGACGUCGGUAUUAUCUUUGCUAGCAUAGUCAAUUUCAAUGAAAUGUACGACGAGUCCUACUUAAAGGGAAAGGAAUACCUUAGAGUUCUGAACGAGUUAAUCGCGGAUUUCGACGAGCUAUUAGAGAGGCCGGAGUUUCAGCACGUGGAAAAGAUCAAAACUAUAGGGAGCACGUUUAUGGCGGCUAGCGGACUCAAUCCAGACUUGAGGCACUCUUCUCGCGGCUCGCACGAUCAUCUCUACCAGCUGAUGGACUUUGCUUUAGAAAUGCAGAAAGUUGUAGACAAUUUUAAUCAAGAUUUGCUGGAGUUCGAUUUCAUUCUUCGGAUCGGAUAUAACUUUGGGGAUGUUACGGCUGGGGUUAUCGGCACUACCAAAUUGUACUAUGACAUAUGGGGCGACGCGGUGAACAUCGCGUCUCGCAUGGACUCGACGGGGGUCGUGAAGCGUAUCCAGGUGGGCGAGGCGUGCAUCCCCGUCUUGUCACCCAUCUACGAGUUCGAACAGCGUGGCAGCGUCUACGUUAAAGGCAAAGACGAUAUGAACGUAUAUCUCUUAGUCAGAAAAAAAGAACUCUAGACGAAACAAACUAUUUAUAAUGGAAAGUAGAAUCUGUGAUUUAAUUAUAUAUUUGUUACUACGUAGCUAACGUAAUGAGGUUACAGUUUAAGAGAUGCUUGGGUCAUACACAUAUUUAGGUUCUAAUUGGAUUAGAUUCUUCUGUUCCCACAAGUUCUGAACAUCCAUCGUUCCGUACAUUUUUCAACCAGAAAGAAGAGGCUCCUAUGCUUAACUUUUGGUAACAGAAGAAAAAACUUGUUUUAAAAGCCUGUGUAUGGCCCGCUUAUUUAUUGUGUGCAUUUCAAAAGUGAUAUAAUGGCUUAAAAAAAUACUCCACAUGUAUAAAGGCUAUUAAUUUAUUGUUAUUUGGCUUAAACCUAGCACUCACUACCCUGCUUGCAGUCCUGUUAUAGCGGGAAGCAGCCCUGGGGCCCAUUCCUCGAAAGAUAUUAGACUAAUAUUAUUAAUUCACGAACUGUCAAAUCGUAUGGGUUGCCAUGGUAACACACUAAUAAUAGUAGGCUAAUACCGUUUGAGAAAUGGACCUCAGCUUGAGCGAUAUGAUAAUAUUACUAUACUAAUGAUGGUGGUUUCUCACUUUAUAAUGUAAUUAUACCAGGCAAGCAGGAUCGUGUGGUCUAGGUGUUAGCGUGUUGAGUGGCAGCGUGUGUGACGCAUGUUUGUGUGGAGUGAAACAAUCUCCUUGCCGCAUCCUCUAAUCUGUGACCAGUGCUCUAGUCCACUAUGAAAUUACUGUAUAUGUGACUAAAUAUUAUUUACCCGUCUUAUAUGUAUUUGACCGUAGUUAAUUAUGUAAUUAUUAAUGAGGAAUAUUAACGAUUCUUCCAAAGGGUAGAUAAAUGAUUUGUACCUAUUAAUAAGAUGAAAUGAACUACGAAUGCGUAAUAUAAUGGCAACGAAUGGUAUGAGUUGUGGGUGAAACCUGACUGUGUUAGCCGUACCGAUGUAUCGUAUCGUACUUAAAUCCGAUUUAGAUUGUUUUUGUAAAAUGUCCGAGUACGAUGUUCCGAAGCUAAUAACGUUUUCCUCUAGCUUACAGAGUAAUAUCCUCUAGCCGCCAGAGACCUAUAAGGUCUCCUGUUCCAUUCUAAUUCGAACUUUGUGUUGACAAAAUAAAAUUUAAUUUUGCUUGGCAAGGUUUGACGUAUCCCGGCUAGAGGAUAUUGUACAAUUAGUAGCAAAUUAUAUAUCCGUCGAUGUGCAUUGCAUCAGCUUUGGCUCGCCCUGUUUCAAAAGUAGAAGCAUUUAAUGUUCUAUAUAUUCAAUAAUACGAUUAUUCAAGUAACUUAUAAUAGUGAUUAAUAUAUUACAAUCAACGAGCACAAUUUUAAUAAUGCACAGGGUUGCUGCGUUUAUUGUAUACAUAAACAUUAAAAUUGUAUUUACGUACAUAUGAUAUUCGAAGACGAUUUGUGUCUUCGUUAAUGAGUUUUUUUGUGUAAUGUAUAUGUCACAUACGAUGAGAUGUUCUUAUACAUAUGUAUAGCCCGAAAAAGAUAUUCUAAAGCGAAAAUUUUACAACCGCGUGUCUUCUCAUUACAUACCUUGUAAGAAUUAUUUAAACUUAUGACAUGACGAAAGCCUUGACUGUACAUUCCACUUGUAUUUAUGAUAUUGCCUUCGAAUGUAUUUUCUACUAGGGAAACGAAGAAUUUAAAGAAUAGAUUUUUUCAGUGGGAACGGUAUUUUUACUGAAUGUUGGACCAAAACUGGAUUAUUAGACGCAAUUAGCUCUCUUUAAAUCUUACCUCUUCGGUAAUAUUAUAUUUGCUCUUUGUACAUUACAAAUUUGAAGAUGUACUGGUAUAUUUAUAAUAAAUAGAAACCUUCUUGUGAUACGUGAAAAUGGAUAUAUGUAUAUGACUAAUUGACCAUAAUAUUUAAGGAAAACAUUUUUCUUUAUAUACAUGAUAUAAUCCCUACCUUUUCCAGUAAAACAUCGUAAAAUAAUAAAAGGUAUAAUUUAA